AUGUCUUCCUCUCGGCCCUCAGCUUUUGAUGUCCUCAUGUCCAAUGCUUCCAAGAAAAAACAGAUGUCAUCCAAAACCCAACAGCAAUCCUCCCCCAGAAAACGCAAAAACCCAGCUGAAAGCUCUCAAAAUCCCAAUUUAAACCCUAAUAAUAAUUCUCAAAAUCCCAUUGCCGACCCAGCUGGAAAUGAAGCAACACAAGACGAAUUAAGCACCAAAAACUCACACCUUGACCAAAUUGAAACUACCCAUGUUGAGAUUUCGUCGAAAAAUGGUGGAAAAACCACUCUUGAUUCAACCUCAGAUGAAAAUUUUUCCAUUUCCAAAAGUGGAAAAAAGGAUAAAAUAACAGCCAAAGAAUCAAGUCCAAAGAAAAGUUUUGAUUCGGAUAAAGGCUUAAAGGUGGCAAAGAAAGCCAAGGUGUUGAUUAGUCCAGAUGAGAGUGUAGCAGAGUUGCGGAAGAAGGCAUCUAGUUUUGAUGUGAAGAGGGCGGUGUAUUGGGGGCAGGGAGAGAGGGUUCCGUUUAUGUUUGUUGUGAAAGCCUUUGACGCAAUAUCGAAGGAGUCAGGCAGGAUUGCAAUCACGGAGAUAGUGUGUAAUAUGUUAAGGACUGUAAUUGAGACGACACCAGAUGACUUGGUGGCAGUUGUAUACCUUCUGGCGAAUAGGAUUGCAUCUGCACAUGAAGAGGCUUGUGGGACUAAGGAAGCACACAUUAAGAAGCAAUACAAGGAGCUUGGAGAUUUAGGCCUUGUUGCAAAAGCAAGCCGUUCAUCACAGCCUUUGAUGCGCAAACCAGAAGCAUUAACUGUUAUCAAAGUUUUUGAAACAUUCCGACUUAUUGCUAAGGAAUCUGGGAAGGAUAGCCAAGAAAAGAAAAAGAAUCACAUAAAGGCUCUACUUGUUGCAGCCACUGAUUGUGAACCUCAAUAUUUGAUACGCCUACUCCAGACAAAAUUGCGCAUUGGUUUGGCAGAACAAACUCUCUUGGUUGCACUGGGACAUGCUGCAGUGUACUCUGAGAAGCAUUCUUCCCCUCCUGGAAAUGUUAAUAAUCCUCUAGAAGAGGCAGCAAAAAUUGUGAAACAAGUAUACUCUGUUAUUCCUGUGUACGAUAAAAUAGUUCCUACUCUUCUUGCUGCUGGUGUGUGGAAUCUCCCAAAGACGUGUAGCUUUUCACCAGGUAUUCCAGUUGGACCCAUGUUGGCUAAACCAACUAAAGGAGUAUCAGAAAUUGUGGAGAAGUUUCAGGACAUGGAGUUCACCUGUGAAUACAAGUACGAUGGAGAACGUGCUCAGAUACACUAUAUGGAGAAUGGUUUAGUGGAGAUAUAUAGUCGGAAUGCAGAACGAAAUACUGGAAAGUUUCCUGAUGUUGUUGCUGCUAUUACAAGAUUGAAGAAACCUUCUGUAACAUCAUUUGUUCUCGACUGUGAACUUGUUGCAUAUGACCGUGAGAAACAGAAAAUCCUGCCUUUCCAGGUUCUCAGUACGCGUGCGCGUAAAAAUGUUGUCAUGAGUGAAAUCAAAGUUAGUGUUUGCAUAUUUGCUUUCGAUAUCUUGUAUCUCAAUGGUCAACAACUUCUACAAGAGCAACUUGACGUUCGUAGAGAGCAUCUUUACAAGUCAUUUGAGGAAGAAUGCAGUUUCCUCCAGUUUGCCACUGCUAUAACAUCAAAUGAUCUCGAGGAAAUACAAAAGUUUCUUGAAGAUUCAGUUGGUUCUAGUUGCGAGGGGUUGAUCAUCAAGACUUUGAACAAAGAUGCUACAUAUGAACCGUCAAAACGGUCUCAUAAUUGGUUAAAAUUAAAAAAAGAUUACAUGGAUAGUAUUGGCGACUCUCUGGAUUUGGUACCAAUUGGUGCUUUUCAUGGACGGGGAAAACGCACCGGUGUGUAUGGUGCUUUUCUGCUUGGUUGUUACGAUAGUACCAAAGAGGAAUUUCAAAGCAUUUGUAAAAUUGGUACUGGAUUUUCAGAAGCAAUGCUUGAAGAACGUUCAGCCAGCCUUCGCUCUAAAGUUAUUCCCAAGCCAAAGUCAUAUUACAGGUAUUCUGAUUCAAUCACUCCAGAUGUAUGGUUUGAACCCAUUGAGGUUUGGGAGGUUAAAGCUGCAGAUCUGACUAUCAGCCCAGUUCAUCGUGCUGCCAUUGGAACUGUGGAUCCUGAUAAGGGAAUUUCACUGCGAUUUCCACGGUUACUUCGUGUCCGAGAAGAUAAGAAUCCUGAGGAGGCAUCGUCAUCGGAUAUGGUCGCAGAGAUGUAUACUGCUCAGAAGCGCAAUCAACGAGACAAUCAAGAUGAAAAUGAGGAUGAUUGA